GGAUUUUGAGCUGCACUUGUCUUCUGCUGAGAUGGUACUGGGACUGAGGAGUCGCCUACUGGGGCUGGCAGGACUGCUCCUGUGGCUGUGUGUGCUGCCCUGGGCUGAGGGUGGCAAGGUGCUGGUGAUGCCCAUGGAAGGCAGCCACUGGCUCAGCAUGCGGAAGGUUGUGCAGGAGCUCCAUGCCCGAGGCCACCAGGCUGUGGUCCUUGCUCCAGAAUUGAAUGUGCUCAUCAAGGGAGAAGACACGUUCACGCUGAAAACCUACAGCAUUCCUUACACUCAGGAGGAAUUUCAUGAACUGCUUUUCGGUAACUCUGGAAAUAUGUUUGAAACCACAGAUUUUCUGAAGAAAUUUCUUAACACUUUCACAGCUAUGAGAAAUGCAUCUAUGUUCUUUCACAGGUCUUGUGCAGAACUUUUGUACAACAAACCUCUGAUUAGGCAGUUAAAUGACAGCUCUUUUGAUGUGGUUAUAACUGAUCCUGUCUUCCCCUGCGGGGCACUGCUGGCUAAGUACCUGUCGAUUCCUGCUGUGUUCUUUUUGCGCGCUGUUCCUUGUGAUCUGGACUUCGAGGGCACGCAGUGUCCCAAUCCCUCCUCAUAUAUUCCCAGGCUCAUGACAAUGAACUCAGACCACAUGACCUUCCUGCAAAGGGUCAAGAACAUGCUCUACCCUCUGGGCCUCAAGUCCAUUUGUCACAUGUCUUAUGAUCCUUAUGCAAGCCUUGCAUCAGAGCUUUUUCAGAGAGAUGUGUCCUUGGUGGACAUUCUCAGCCAUGGUUCUGUGUGGCUGUUCCGAGGAGACUUUGUGCUGGACUACCCUAGGCCCAUCAUGCCCAACAUGGUCUUCAUUGGGGGCAUCAACUGUGCCAACAGGAAGCCACUCUCUCAGGUCUGUAUGCUGCCCUUAUGUAAUUAG